UUUUCCAAAAGUCUAUGGGAAAAAUGAAUAAGCUUUCAGUCGAGGGAACCCGUGCGCCGCUAACUUCCGGGUUGGCCUACAAAAACGCGUCAUCCCUGGGGUGUGACCGGGUCUAAAUUUCGGCGCGGGAUUGCGCAUAAUUAUAUUAAUUCCCGCAGAUUUCGCGCUCACGCGAAGCGCAGACACAUAAUAAAGCCGCCUUUGACAUACAAGCGCCAAAAUAAGCUCUUUUUCGCGGACAAUUAAUGGUCAAAUACACUCAGAAACAAUGUCACAAUGUCCAUCUUGUUGGAGGAUGCCUUAUCUUACUUGGACCAAGUCAAAAUACGGUUUGGAAAUGAACCAGGAAUAUACAAUACGUUUCUGGAUAUCAUGAAAGAGUUUAAGUCUCAAAUCAUUGACACGCCAGGCGUUAUCAACAGAGUUUCUCAGCUCUUCCAUGGACAUCCUGACCUUGUCCUGGGGUUUAAUGCCUUUUUACCACCUUGGUAUCGGAUCGAAAUUCCUAGGAAUGGAUGGGCAUUUAUUCAGUCCCCGUUUCCCUCACAGUUCGUCAACUGUGAAAAGGUCAUCACUGAAUUCAUCUCUGAGUGAAACAAGAUAUUUGGAGAAAUCCUAAAUAGUCUCUCCAGGACCAGGAAGGAGCAGGGGUUAGUGCCUCUUCGUCAGUAUUGGCUGAGGCAUGGUCGGCUCAGAAUGAAUUUUAGCUGAUAUGUAUGUUUUGCUUAUGUUUUGCUCUUUUUUUUUUCUUUUUUUUUUUUUUUCCUUCCAGUAUUUAGUUCAUUUUGAUACUUUUUUUCAGCAGCAUGCAUUGAUGUAUCAGCUGUGUCAGUCUUUCAGCUGUAACUAAAAUCUAAUCAAAAGAUGGAUUUGUCUUCAAAAUCUCUCUUUCUGUUUGAUAUUCUUAUUUGCUCUUUAAAAGAUGUGUUCAUGCUUUGAAAAAAAAAAGUACAGAUAGCAGAGGUCAUCAGUGGAACCAUAGGAAUACACUCAACAUUUACAAACUACUCUGUAAAAGGAGAUAUUUACUCCAUGUCUCUAUUUAAUCACAGAACCACAAGUUUUUUCUAUUUUUUUAAAGUCUUAACUUACUCAAAAGUACAACCAACUACAAACAAUGUCACAGUCAAGUAUUUAAGAAGGGAUACAACAUCAAGAUAGGAGAUAGAAAAGAUGCAGAGAUAUCAAGCACUUAACAUCAUGGGUGUAGCAAGCAAUCAAGUCAACAUAGUUUAUUUCCCCCCAUGAAGAAAAGAUGUAUUAUUCUAGCUCUGUAUUUGAAAGUAAAAAAAAGUACAAAAUAAAAACCCUACAUUUUGAGGGUUCAUCUCAUAACAGAACCCUUAAUUAGGGUGUUAAUGAGAAUGUUAACAUGUCCCAUUCUUCUCCCAAUCCUCCCCAGCAAUUCCUCAUCAGAGUUCACAAUAUCGACCCAACAUGUCCUGUCAAAUGGGCACAAACCCUGGGGAUGAAUGUGUUAUGAGUACAAAUAUACACCUACUGUAGAUAAAACCGAUCACAUUCCAUAUUCACCAAAGCAUCUUAAGUUACACUAUUUCCAUAGAAUUCACAUAAGACGGUGUGGGAUUGUGGCUAAUCAAAAAUGCCCUUCAUCUACCAUAAUACUGCUCAUUUCAAGAAAAAGGCUUCGACUUGUACAUAAAUAAUUAGUACAAUAAAUUAAACAACAUUCUUUUACACAUUUCAAAUGUAAAAAAUUAAACUAUUUACAGUGCAAAACAAAAGCAGCAUGCAGGCAAGACAAUUGGCAAUGCAUUACAAAAAGCACUGAAUGGGGCAAAUUUGUGCUCAGCAUCCAUAUGUACGGUGAUAUUGGUUCAAAAAUGUGGAAGAGUGUAUAAUUUCUACAAUUUUUGUGUGCCACUCGAUAGACUUGAUAAAGGAUUCAGUCAGUUUUGAGAGAAUUAAAGACAGAGCUAAGUAAGACAGUGUGCCAAAAGGUCAUUUUGAGAACAACAAGAUUGAUGUCAGAGUGAUCCUGUCAUAUUUGGGUUUUAUAAACCACGCUUAUUUUUAAAACCUUCA